AUCUCCCGGCGGUGCUGGCUGGUCUUCCGCAAGUCAUCCAGCAAAGGGCCCCAGCGCCUCGAGAAGUACCCGGAUGAGAAGUCAGCGUGCCUGUACGGGUGCCCCAAGGUCACUGAGAUCAGCAAUGUCAAGUGCAUAACCCGGCUGCCCAGGGAGACCAAGAGACAGGCUGUGGCCAUCAUUUUCACCGACGACUCAGCCCGGACCUUCACCUGUGAGUCAGAGCUGGAGGCAGAGGAGUGGUACAAGACACUGUCUGUGGAGUGCCUGGGCGCCCGCCUGAACGACAUCAGCCUGGGGGAGCCCGACCUGCUGGCGCCCGGGCCCGGGGGGCAGAGCGAGCAGACGGACCGGUUUAACGUGUUCCUCCUCCCCUGCCCCAACCUCGACGUUUAUGGCGAGUGCAAGCUGCAGAUCACCCAUGAAAACAUCUACCUCUGGGACACGCACAACCCUCGGGUGAAGCUGCUCUCCUGGCCCCUCUGCUCCCUGCGCCGCUACGGGCGCGAUGCCACCCGCUUCACCUUUGAGGCUGGACGGAUGUGUGACGCAGGGGAAGGUCUCUACACCUUCCAGACACAGGAGGGUGAGCAGAUCUACCAGCGUGUGCACAGCGCCACAUUGGCCAUCGCUGAGCAGCACAAGAGGGUCCUGCUGGAGAUGGAGAAGAAUGCCAGGCUGCUGAACAAGGGCACUGAGCACUUCUCCUACCCCUGCACCCCCACCGCCAUGCUGCCCCGCAGCGCAUACUGGCACCACAUCGCUGGCUCCCAGAACAUGGCUGAGUCGUCCAGCUAUGCUGGUGAGGCGUACACAGGUGCCCAGGCCAGCUCGGACACCGACCUCCUUAACAGGUUCAUCUUGCUGAAGCCAAAGUCCUCCAAAAGUGACCAGCCUGAAAGCAGAGAGCCCACAUCAUCCCCGUGA